GAUUUGUUUACUUUUCUAAUACUCGUCAAACUUCACCUUCAACAGCCACGCGCACAACGGGCAACAGGUGUAGAGCGGAUACGAUGGAGUUCUCGCCCACGAAGGACCUCAGGCAGAAGUUCAAAGAGUUGUCGUUGAAUACGCCAGGAACGACGACGGUGCUUCCGACAAUGAAGGACGGUACCUUGUUCAAGAGCGGUGCAGUGUUUGAUCAGGAGAAUGCCUAUAUUGGGAGCACGCUUCACGAGACGAACCGUACGUGCCAUGAUAAUAAUAACACGGUGUUGCACAAAGUAGGUGCUUCAGAUGGGGAGGAGGCCCAAUGGCUUCAGGUGAAGAACGCCAUGUCUGCUAAGGCUCAGGAGAGGGUUGUUAGCAGCGUGGACUGUGCUGAGCCGUCACCGCCAGAGUCGGAUCGUAGCAUAGAGAAGGAGUAUUACGAUGAGAUUAACAUUGAUAACAACUCGACGUGGGAGCAGAUUAAGAGAGAGUACAUGUGCGAUGAAACACCGUCAAAGUCAAAUACCUCUAUUGAACCAUCCGUUUAUCAGCUUCCAGAUUACAGUUUUGAAGAUAAAGAUAUGCUGAGAGGCUUGUCGAAUCCAAGUACUCAUACCCACAAAGUAAUGUCGUUCCCAUCAACGAGGCCUUUUAUUCUGCAUGAGGACUCGCCAAUGCCUAAACCGGUGCUGAUAACCAGACCAAAGUUAUUGAAUUUGGAGCAAUCACCACAGAAGAAACCGGUGGAGAUAAAGCUAAUUACUCCAUUGGAUGAGGGAAUGAUAUUUGAGAAUGGCAAAUGGGUUUAUCCUGGGGCGAAAGCCACCCAACCAAAGCUACAGCCAGGAAGAUACAAUUUGGAGAUAUCCGACGAUGAGGGUGACCACAAUCACAGUGAAGGUGUAUCGGCAUUUGAUCCCGGAUAUGUGACAAAUGUUUCCAGUUUAGAUGUUUCGUAUUCACAGUCUCAAAGGCGUCUAAUAUCAGCCUUAAACGAUGCAGUACCUGCUGGAAGUGAUUGGGACAGAGUGACAAAGGUGAAUCUAUCUAAUAGUAACAUUGUGACAUUGAAGGGUUUGGAAUCUUUCCUCCCGAGCUUGAAAGAGUUAGACCUGAGUUCGAAUAGAAUCACAACUUUGGAUGGGUUGCCUCCAACUUUACAGUCAUUGUCAUUGGCAAAUAAUAAAAUUACAGAGCAGGUACUGAAUCUUGAGAAAUUCCAAAAUCUUCACACAUUAGAUCUCAGCAAUAAUGAAAUCACCAACAUUCACCAGUUUCAAUCUCUCACAAACCUUCGGAAGCUUAUUUUGAACGGUAACAAGAUCAAAGUGUUGGCAAAUCUUCCAGUUGUUCAAUAUUUGGACGUUUCGAAUAACAGCAUCAGGGGAAGCAUCGAUCUAUCCCUGUACGAUUUCCAUGAUUUGAUAACCUGUGAUCUCUCAAGGAAUAAAAUAACGGCAUUGACAAAUGUUAAUUUGAACCAACUGAGAUGCUUGAAAUUGUCAGACAUUCAUAACCUUAGUGAGCUUCAAAUAGCACCUCCGUUACCGAAUUUGAAGAGAUUAGAGCUAAUGGGCUGUGAUAAGUUGACAAAACUUGAAUGUCGAACAAAGAUGUCAAACUUACGCCUCUUGACCAUAUCUAGCUCUACGGUAGUUUCAGGAAACUUCCCACAUCUUGAAUCGCUUACGAUCCAAGGGGAAAAGUCCUUGAGGAGAUUACUAGACCCAGGCUUCAUCAUCAACAAGCAUCUCUUAGAACUCGGAAUAAUUGAAGGAUGCUUGUCCAUGGAUGAUCUUCCGAGAAUUAAAACACUAUUUUCACAUAUUCAAGUGUUCAACCUUAGGGGAAACGCAAUUGAUGGGACAUUCGAAGAGUUGGUGAAGUUUUUCCAAAGCUACAAAGAUAUUCACCAGUUAAACCUUGAUGAUAACCCUAUAAAGGAGAACAUAAAGGAUCAAGAGCUCUUUGGACUUUUCAACCUAAUGAUUUACAAACUUACGCACAAAUGAUUAUGAUCUAUGCUUCUUUUCCAUGUAG